GAUUGACAGAUGUAAGCCCCGCCCCCGUGUCUGAGCAGCGCUCACUGCGCGAUGUGCGGUUUUUGAGUCGGGCUGCGACGCAGCGAAUUUCAGCACACGAGUUCCAUGAACGGCGCUGCGCACUGAGCGGAUCUGAAAUCACUGCUCACUGUGGAGACACGACACCUAAAACUUUUCUCCCCAAAGCGCACAAUGAAGCUUUGGCUUUGGGUUUUAACACUUGUCUUGUGUCUGGACUCUACAUACGCAGGGUCGAAGACAAAUGAGCCAUGUGCAGGGCGUGACUGUACUGGAAAAUGUCCCUGUCCUCCGAUAAAAGGUAGCAGGGGUCAGCCAGGGAGUUUAGGGCCAACUGGACCCCCUGGACCUGAAGGCUUUAUUGGGGCCCCAGGUCCUGUUGGACCUAAAGGAGAUAGAGGGCACGGUGGUCACUCGGGGCCAUCUGGACCCAAAGGAGACAAGGGUCCAGUGGGUGUUCCUGGCUUUCCAGGUAUCGAUGGUAUUCCUGGUCACCCAGGAAGUGAGGGACCACCAGGACUGCCAGGAGCAGAUGGCUGUAAUGGCACACAAGGUGACCCUGGUUUCCCCAGCAACUUCCCUGGAAGACCUGGCAACCCUGGACCACCAGGAUUACCUGGCGUCAAAGGGCAAAAAGGAGAGCCACGACUCAUUUCUGCAAACACGUUUCCCAUUGGUCCUGUUGGUGAACCCGGAUUGCCUGGUCCAGUCGGACUCCCAGGACCCAUCGGCCCCUUCGGGUUACCUGGUUUCCCUGGACGUCCAGGUCCUCCAGGUCUUCCUGGGCAAAUAGGAAAUCCUGGACAGGGUUAUGAAGGAGAGAGAGGAGAGAAGGGCGAUGUGGGUCUGCCGGGACUCAGGGGUGCUCCGGCUGCUCUGUUAGGCUCACCAGCUAUAAGCACAAUCAACAAAGGAGAGAAGGGUGAUGUUGGCUAUCCUGGUGUUUCAGGACCCCCAGGACCACAAGGACCCCCAGGACCAUAUGGCUACAGUGGGGAAGUUGGAGAGAAGGGAAUUCCAGGAUUACCUGGUUUGAGGGGUCCUCCUGGUUUUAAUGGACCACUUGGAGAAGAUGGCCCAAAGGGGUAUACUGGGAACCCUGGCCUCUUUGGAUUACCAGGCACUUCAGGCCCUAAAGGAUAUCGGGGAGAGCCAGGUCCACAAGGGCCACCUGCCUAUGUUGAUGAACUAGGAUCAUUUUUAAAAGGUCCUCCAGGAGAUCCUGGUUUUGAUGGCUCACCAGGCAUGACUGGAGAUGCAGGUUUACCAGGACCUCCUGGACCUCCAGGUGACCCUGGAUCUUCAUCCUUCCAAACAGGCGGUCCAGGCUUUCCUGGCUUUCCUGGAUCUACUGGACCUAAGGGAGAGAGGGGAGACCCAGGUCUUCAAAGCUUCAGUCCUGAGGGUUCACCUGGAGUUAGAGGGCCACCUGGACCUACUGGAUCACCUGGACCUCGAGGCACAACUCAGACAACUGUGUUUCCCGGGGACCAGACUGGGCCACCAGGCAUAAAAGGCAGCAGAGGUCAACUGGGAGAUAAAGGAGCAAAAGGACUAAAGGGUGAUGCUGGAGCUUGUGAAUGCUUUGGUGAAGACACCUCUGGCAGGGAGGGCUCUCAAGGAGUUCCAGGGCUCCCUGGUUUCUCAGGGCUCAGUGGGAGGAAAGGAGAGGUUGGCGAUGUAGGACCUCCAGGAUUACGUGGACCACAGGGGCCAAGUGGUCGUCCCGGAGAGCAUGGCUUUGCUGGGAUUAAAGGAGAGAAAGGAAACUCUUUUUAUGCUGUUAGACAAGGACAGAAGGGUGAUAUCGGUCAGUCAGGGCCUGCUGGUCCUACAGGUGAUAUCGGCCAACCUGGAAGAAAUGGAGCCCCUGGAUUUCCUGGACUACCAGGACCACCGGGAGAUGCUGGAUUUGGGGUGACUGGAGACAAAGGAUAUCCUGGAUCUCCUGGAUACAAGGGUCGCCCGGGUGCACCUGGUGAACCUGGCAUUGGUUACCAAGGCAUCCCUGGUGUUAGAGGGUCUCCAGGUGACCUUGGUUUCAGUGGGCUUCCCGGGCUCCCUGGCCCUCCAGGACCAAAAGGUGACAGCUGUGGGCAGACGGGGCUUAAUGAAGCCUCUUUCACAAAGGGAGGACUGUCAGUGCCCUGCAUAAAUCCAGGAGACCCUGGUAAUCCAGGUUUCCCUGGACUGCCCGGAGUGCCUGGCCCGAAAGGACAGCAUGGUCCACCAGGACCAAAUGGAAGGCCAGGUAUUGCUGGGUCAAAAGGUGAGCAAGGAGAUCCAGGCAGUGGAGGUCAACCUGGAGCACAAGGCUUCCCUGGGCCAAGAGGAGAUCCAGGUUUACCAGGUACAUCAGUAAAUGGCUUUCCAGGUGCUCCAGGUAAAGAUGGACGUCCUGGUUUGCAAGGAACAAAAGGAGAACCUGGUGAGGUUUUAGGGGCAGCUCCAGGAAUAUCUGGACCUCCAGGACUAACAGGAGAGUUUGGAGACAAGGGCCUACCAGGCACUCCUGGUUUACCAGGCAGACAGGGUUUUGAUGGUUCCAGCGGUAUCACAGGUCCAAAGGGUAUGCGUGGUAACAGUGGCUUCCCAGGAGCUCCAGGGCCACCAGGUCCACGAGGUGUGAUCCUUUCUGAUGUUACUGGACCUCCAGGGCCUCCUGGCAAUCCUGGAUUCCCUGGACCUCCAGGCUGCCAAGGUUUCCCGGGACUCAAGGGUGAAAGAGGAAAUCCAGGACGACAAGGCGUGGGUAGAAAGGGAUUUCCUGGAUCACCUGGAAUUCCAGGACCAAAAGGACAAAUGGGCCGUACUGGAGAUUCUGUUUCAGGAAGUAAUGGCCAACGGGGAAGGCCAGGGUUAAAAGGGGAGAAGGGAUCACAUGGAUUGUUGGGAUUCCCUGGAUCACCUGGGCUUUUUGGAGCUGUCGGACAGACAGGGCGUAAAGGUCAACCUGGAUUUCCAGGAUUGGAUGGCAUACCUGGAGAAAAUGGGCCCAAAGGUUUUAAAGGUGACACUGGAGAACCAGGCCCACAAGGACCUUCUGCUCCACCCUCUCCAGUUAUUCGGUUAAAAGGUGACAGAGGUGCUCCUGGGCCUACCGGACUACCUGGAUUUCCAGGACCUCGAGGUGAUAAGGGAUUCCCAGGGUUACCUGGUAGUCCAGGCUUUCCUGGUCAGCCAGGAUUGGCUGAUUUUGCAAAGGGUCUACCUGGUGAUCCAGGUUUCCAAGGGCGCCCAGGUUCUCCAGGAUUUCAAGGACCUAAAGGCUCACCUGGUGUUUUAGGUUUCCCUGGCAUGCCCGGACCUAGGGGUGAUGAUGGAGUUCCUGGUUUGUUUGGAUCACCUGGUGCUUUAGGAUCGGCAGGAAACAAAGGUCAGAAAGGAGACUCUACUGGAGCACCUGGGGCCCCUGGACGAAAGGGACCGGUGGGAGAUUUUGGAUUCCCUGGUCUCCCAGGCUUUACUGGUGAACAAGGUUCUCAGGGUUUUCCAGGAGCUUUUGGAUAUCCUGGGCAGAAAGGUCAACCUGGAAGUCCAGGAACACCUGGACAAAGAGGUUCACCUGGGCUCCAAGGCAAUAGGGGUCUACCUGGCUUUCCAGGACCAAGAGGAGAGGACGGUGAACAAGGUUUCCCUGGUUCUCCAGGUCGGCGAGGAGAGAAAGGUUUAUCUGGAGCCCCUGGUUUAGAUGGACUCAAUGGACUUUCAGGGGCCAAAGGACCACCAGGACUACCUGGUGGAGUAGUGAGCGGUCAGCCUGGAGCCCCAGGUUUGAAUGGACUUAAGGGAGAAAGAGGCUCAUCACUGCCUGGAGCACCAGGAUUUCUUGGAGUAAAGGGAGCCAAAGGAGAUACUGGUUACCCUGGACAGCCCGGCUUCCCAGGUCCUUCAGGUCCUCCUGGUUUACCAUCUCCUUCUAGUGGCAUCCUUGGUCCACCAGGAGAUGCUGGUCUACCUGGACUAGAUGGUGAAAGAGGUCUUCUUGGACCCACUGGUCCUCCUGGUCCAGCUGGCCCUGGAACAGAACAGGGUGACAGAGGAGAUACUGGAUUUCCUGGAUCACCUGGAAUCUCUGGGAAAACUGGCGACCCUGGAUUUGCAGGAGAACGUGGGCCAACUGGCUACCCAGGAUUUAAAGGAUUGAGAGGUGACCCUGGAGUUAGUGGAUUAGCAGGACGUCCAGGCUUACCUGGAGAUCAGGGAAGAUAUGGUGACAAAGGAGCAAAAGGAACUGCAGGUAAACCUGGUAGCAAAGGCCUUCCAGGAAUUGUUUUUCCACCCGAAAUAAAAGGCUUGCCUGCUGGGGAGCCUGGACAACAAGGACCUCCUGGCCCAACUGGUUAUACAGGAUCACAAGGCCAACCUGGCUUCACUGGACGUCCAGGACCCAAAGGAAGGACUGGAUCAAUUGGCAAACCUGGUCGCACCGGUCCACCCGGAAAAUCAGGACAGAUUGGAGACCCUGGACUUCCAGGAUAUCAAGGACAUGUUGGUUACUCAGGUUCACCUGGAAGGCAGGGACAAGCAGGUUCUCCAGGUAUGCCUGGGCGUGCCAUUGGGAUCGGCUACACUCUGGUAAAGCACAGCCAGUCCAGUCAGGUGCCAAUGUGCCCUCAGGGCAUGAACAAGUUGUGGGAUGGCUACAGCUUGCUUUAUGUAGAAGGACAGGAGAAGGCGCAUAACCAAGACCUAGGAUUGGCCGGCUCCUGUCUACCACGUUUCAGCACUAUUCCCUUCCUUUACUGUACAGCCAACGAACUCUGUUAUUAUGCCAGCCGCAAUGACAAGUCCUACUGGCUGUCCACAACAGCACCAAUUCCUAUGAUGCCUGUGGCCAAUGAACAAAUUGUUUCGUACAUCAGCCGUUGUUCAGUGUGCGAAGCCCCAUCUCAAGCUGUGGCCGUACACAGCCAGGACAUCACUAUUCCCCCGUGUCCACAGGGGUGGAGGAGCCUGUGGAUUGGUUACUCAUUCCUUAUGCACACGGCUGCAGGGGCUGAGGGAGGUGGCCAGUCCCUGGUUUCCCCUGGUUCCUGUUUAGAAGACUUCCGCGCAACACCUUUUAUUGAAUGCAACGGUGCUCGGGGCACCUGCUUCUUCUUCAACAACAAACAUAGCUUCUGGCUAACUACUGUUCAACCAGAAAGGCAGUUUAUAAAAAGUCCUGAUUCAGAGACACUGAAGGGAGAUCAGUACCGUGGCCGCAUCAGCCGCUGCCAGGUCUGCAUGAAGAUCUUGUAACCUGUGCACACUCCAGGAAAGAAAAGGAAAGAAACUUUUAAAUAAAAGAAUAGAAAACAAGAAAUAAGAAAGCAAAAAUUGUUUGACUGGUUGAGUGACUGUAUGAGAGACUCUAUUCAGGGUGCCUUUUGGAGCCUUCUACAAGGCCAUGGUUAGGAGCUCCAACUAAAGAUUUCUCUUAUUUCACUUUUCAACGUUGGUGCUAUAAGAAACUGCAAUGUUUUAUUUUUAUUUUAACUACUAAAACUUUGUAUUACAAAUUCAUGGCUACCUCGGAGAGUGUGUCCCAAAUCCCCGAUGGGAAGCACUGGAACAUUAAUGUGAGACUGCAGACAUUUUGUAAUCUUGUAAGCCAAAAUCUUGUUCACUUUGUCCAAAACGCGGUAGCUGGAAACGAUGAUGACUGAUGGAACAAAAUAUUUUUUUUUGUUUGUGAUUAGGAAAGUGGGCAAAUUGGCAAACCAGCACUUUGUGGUGUACACAAAUGAGUAAGAUUAUGGUUUGUGGUUAACACUUGAAAUUAUAAUACUUUCUAUCUCCCACACAUGUACCCUUAAAGUAUUGCACUGAAAUGAAUAUCUGGGGGAAAAAAAGAUAAGAAUCUUAUCAACUGUAGAAAUUCCAGUUUUACCUACAAAAGUCUCACAUAAUUAAACACUAAUAAAUAGACUUCACUCUCUACAUACAGAAAAAAAACUAGAUUAUUUUAAUUACUCCUAGUUUCCAUUAACUUUUCUACAUUGUUGCCCAGAAGAAGCUAUUAUACUUUCCACAUCCAAAAGUAUACCAGAAAUAUUACUGGGAAUGUCUCUUGUCUUUGUUAUUAUUUAGUCUUUCUACAGUCUCUAAAAGAGGCAGGCUAAUAUAUAACCACUAUUCAUUAGCUUCUUAAGCUCUCUUUGGUAGCCUUGUGUCUUCAUUAUGGAUUCAUCUGUAAUGUGUCUAAACUGUUAAAUUGCAGUUUCAUCCCAUGGUAAAAAAAGACACAAUUUAGUAAAAUGCAAAAUGUUGGUGUAUGAUUUGUACAUUAAGGAUGGUUUAUAAAGGCAUAUAUAUCUUGAUGUGUAUAUUAUAACAGUAUUUGUAUUUUUCUUACACUGAUUUACAUGUAAUGAAUUAAAUACAGUUUUCCCUGUAUAAAUGUAUGCCUAUCACAUAGCAUAGAUUUUUUUUUAACAAAGAUGUUUCAAAAUAUAAUUGUGCUCCCUAAUAAAUGGUGUUGAAACUAAUUUGUACAAAUGGA